AUGCAAUUUCAUUAUCACAAGUAAGAAUACAAUAGAACAUUUAAAAAGAGCAUUUAAUAAUAUAAGGGAUUAUUCUUUAAGAAUAUCAAUCCUAAAUUGGAUAUCUAUAGAGACAAAUCUGUUUCAUUUAGAAAUGGGAGAGUAAUUGGAAAAACUUGGAUUUAGGACAUUACGUGUUUUGAUGAAGAGAUUGAAGAUUGUUCAUUUUACAAAAGAGGAUGUCACAUUGUUCUAAGAAAUUCAUUAGACAUCAUUAGAGUGGUAUCAGAGAACUUCAAUACUUUUAGAAUUAGAAAAAAUGUUUCUCAUAGAAUUUAACUAAAUGAAGAAAAUUAUAUCAACUAUCAUGAAGGAACAUUAAAUGGUUAGCCAAAUAGAUUGAUUACUCAAAAUUCAUAUUAUAUAGAAGAGAUGAAUUGUGCGAUUAAUCAGAAUCAGCUAAUACCAUUAGGAAUCAAAAUUGAACCUUUGAUUAAAUACUCUAAAAUAAGAUGCAUCAAAUUAUCAGAGGAAACCUAUUGUUUACAAUAAAUAAAUAAGGAAAAAUGUUUAAAUAUUUUGAUCCACCAAAAUAAACAGGUACCAUUCUACAAUGAUGUGCUUUAUCUAGAAGGAUAGUUAUCUUAUAUUAAUGGCUAUUUCCUUCUAUUAAAUAAUGAAAAAUUACAAAUGAUUAAUUAACACGGCGUUGAAUAUGAAGAAGCAUUACAUGGACAGUGUUACUUGGAUGGAUCUGAAAUAUUUAUAUUAAGAGACAUUUCAAUAGAUGAGCAACAAGUAAAAAACACCAUAGAUUUUACUAUUAAAAUCACAGGAGUCUUGCUUAAAGUGUAAAUCAUAACCAAGUCUUUAAAGUUGAAAAUGAUGUUAGAAGAUAAUUAAAUACCACCUGAAAAGAUACCAGAAUACUUAGUUAAAAUUAAUGAUUAAAAGUUUAUUAAAGAAACUGUGAAAAAAUUAUGGAAAUAAAAAAGCAUCAACAAAAUUCAAUUAAUCGAAAUCUUCAAUGUAUUAGUUGGAAUGAAAAAGUCAGCUAAAUUAAAAGGAAAAUUAAACUUAUUACAAUGUUAUGAGACUGAAAACUUAGACAAUCUAUCCUUUAUUAAUUGUAUUUAAUCUGAAACUUGCGAUCUGUAGUAAAUAAUUAGAUUGUUUUAGAAUCACGUCAUUUACAAUUAUAUUCACUUCUUGAAUUUAAUAUUAAAGCAUAAACCAAAAUUUCUUGAAGAAGUCUUACCAAAUGGGGCUCUAUUUCAAAAUUUUGAACCUCUUGAACAAGGAAGUCUUUCGAAAUAAAAUAAGCUUAAUGAUUUGAGCUUUCUUGGUGGUUCUAAUGUUCCAAAAAUUUAAACCAAUUAUUAAAAGAUUGCAACACAACUCUUAAUUUAAUGUCAUGGCAUAUAUUAUCUACCUUUUCAAUAGGACGAUUUUACAUUUUUCUUAUAUGAUUUAUUGGUUAAAGGCGGAUAGUCAAGAUUAACACUAAAGCAAUUUAUGCAAGAGUAAGAUAAAAUAUAUACUCUUUUCACAUAUAGUUCAAAAAUAGAAUCUCUUUUUGGAGAAUUAAAUUCAUAUUAUAAAUAACAUAAUUUAAAUUGGUUUGAUGAAAUGCUGAAUCAAUUAAGAAAAACUCAAUAUCCAGUUUAGGUUUUCUAAUCCAUUCUAGACUACUGUCCUAACCUAAGUACUAAAGAAUAUCUAAUUCCAGUGAAUCUGGCAUUUGAAAGAAUUCUGACCUUCACGUCAGAUAAUCAUCAAUAAUUUCAGUAAUUGUUAGAUUCUUUCAUAUUUAUCAGGAAUUCAUUUGAUUAGGAUGAAUAUGAUUAAUUGUAAAAUCUAAUUUCAUAAUUGCAAUAAUCAAAUAUUCUAGCGUAAAUUAUUUUAAACUUUAAUGUCAUUUAUUAAUUAAGUACAAUCAUAAAUAAGAUUAUGUUAAAUUCAGAUGAAUGCUAGAAAUGCAUAGAGUAAUUACUUGAAAAUUAUCAUGUUAAUAGAGUCAAAUAAAUGUAAUUUAAAAUUUCAGAUAAAACCUUCAAUUUAUAAAAUUAAAAUGAAUUAAAAUAAUGUUUUUCAUAUGGAUUUAAAAAUUAUAUAAAGGAUGAAAAAAAAAUAGAAAUCUCCAUAUUUAGAAAGAAUCUUGAAUUUGGUAAAUACAGAGAUGCUAAGCUUCUUUGUCAAUCCUUUAAUUUAAGCACCAAUUAAUUUGAUGAGGCAAUAUCAGAUGCUAUGUUUAGAUAUCUAUAGCUUCAAAAGAAAAUUGAUUAUAUUGAAGAUGAAAGAAAGAAGUUUUUAGAAAUUGCAAACGAAGUGCAAAAAAUUAAAAAAGAAAAACUAGUAAAAACAAAGAAAACCAUGAGUCUAUAUAAAUUCAUUAUAGAAUCAAAAGAAGUGGGAAAUUAUAAAGAUUUAGAUUAAUUUAAAUGCAAUCAGAUUUUAUUUUAAAUUUAUCGAAGAACCUAAAAUUUAGAUUUACCAUACAUAAGAUUAAAAAAGAAAUUAGCAAAAGCUAACGAUUUGAUUAUAUAUGACAGAGAGUUUUGUAAAUUUAUGAUAGAUUUAGCGUAAAAGAAUUUUACAAUUAAACCACAAAAGGCUUAAUUUAUAUUAGAAGAUCUUUCUAAAAAUGGAGAUGAAAUUAUUUAAUCUGAAGUAUCAAUAAUUCUAUUAUAAUUCUCAAAAGAUGAAAACUAGAAAAGAGAACAGUACUGGAAGGUCUUGAAAUAAUCGUCAUCUGUAGAUACAAUUUAAACUUUAUUGAAGUUUUAGCAAAAACAAACUAAAUAAAUCUAAUUAAUGCCAUAAAAAAUUGAAAUAAUUUCCAAGGAAUUAAUAGAAGCAUCAUUAGAAAAUUCAAUAAGUUUAGCAAAGUUUGAAUAAGAAUAUAAAAAAUUUUAUACUGAGAAUAUAACUGAUGUUGUAUUUCUGGAUACUUUAUUAAAAGAUCCCUAAGAGGCUUUCUUUUUGCUGUAAAUAAAACAAUCCUAAAACACUAAGUUGUUGAUUCAAAAGUUAGUCUAAAGCCAAUUAUUGAAUUCAGAAAAAAUAUUAAUUCAUUAUAUUCAAACAUUUGUAAAGCCAUUUAAUGUAAUCAAUCUUUUAUAGGGAGAUGACUAGGAACUUGAAGAUUUAGCUUAAGCUCUUGUCAUUAGUUAACAUAAACACAUUUUUGAUAAAAAAUGCAUCUUCAAUAAAAAUGAAAGACUAAACUAAAUUAUAGAAAGAUUGGACACUUUAGAAUUGGAUAAUAUUAUUCCGGAAUUCAAAUAUUUUAAGGAUUUAAACUUUUAAUAAUUAAAGAUUCAAAAUUUUCUAAAGAGAAUACAAUAAAUUGAUCUGAAAGAAUAUUAUUUAAAUAAUGAAUAAGGUUUGAAAAGUUAUAUCAAAAAUUAAAUUAAACUCAUACCUGAAAUAAUCAAUAUCAAAAUAGAUUUACGAUAUCAUUUUAUUAUUUAUGAAGAAAUUUAUGGGUUCACUCCUAUAGAGAAAUAAUUAAUUCGAUCUUUCAUCAAGUAGUGUGUAAUUGGUAAUAAACCAUAUUAAUUUUAUGAUAAGAUAUAUAAAUAAAUCAUAUCUAAGGAAUUCGAUUUUGAGUCGGUGAAAGAAGAUUUUUAGGAAAUAAUUGAAUCAGAAUGUAUUUACAUAAUCAUCAAAGUUGCAGAAUAUUAUUUUAAAAAAUAGAAAGAAGUCAUCUAAUCUUAUUGUCAAAAGUUAAUUUAAAAUCCUUAAUCUAAUAAGGAAAUCACAUUUUGGCUCAACCAAGACCCUUAAGAUUAAAUAAGGAAUAUUUUAUUUGACACUUUAAAAUAGUAGAGCACAUCUUUAUAACUAAAUAAUGAACUGAGAUCAUUGAUUGUUUGA